CUCCACGGCGGAACCCUCUCCCUCUCGGCCUCUUGCCUCAAUCGGCCCAAAACCCCUAUCCAAGCGUCCAUUCCUGAAUUCCUCCCCGGCCGGCAGCCGCCCCCCGCCGCCGCCAUGAACCCCGCUCACAGCGAGGCGGCCGCUGCUGAGAAGGCGCGGCGAAAGAAGGACAAGAAGGAGAAGAGGAAGAAGCGCAAGGAAGCCAAGGAGGACGACUGCGGCGCCGCGACGGCCGAGGAAGAAGCGCCCAAAGAGAAGAAGCAGAAGCGGAGGAAGGAUGAAGACGAGGGGGAGGGGGAGGGGAAGGGGAAGGAGGAGAAGAAGCUGAAGCCGACGGUGAGCAUCGCCGUUGCCGGCUCCAUCAUCGACAACGCCCAGUCCCUCGAGCUCGCCACCCUCCUGGCCGGCCAGAUCGCUCGCGCCGCCACCGUCUUCCGCAUAGAUGAGGUCGUCGUCUUUGACAGUACUCCCGCGGCGGAGAACGGCGGCGCAGCUGAUGAUGAAGAGAGCGGCGCGCGGUUCCUUGUUCGGAUUCUGGAGUAUCUGGAAACUCCACAGUACCUCCGUCGCCGCCUCUUCCCGAUGCACAAGAACCUGAAGUUUGUGGGAUUGCUUCCACCGCUCGAUGCGCCACACCAUGUGCGCAAGCACGAAUGGUCUGAGUUCCGUGAAGGUGUAACAUUGGAAAGUGAUCCCUCAAAGGGGACUCUUGUUGAUGUCGGAUUAAGUAAGAAUGUUCUGGUUGAACAAACACUAGAACCAGGCAAAAGAGUAACUGUAGCCAUGGGAACAAACCGUGACCUAACAACAGCAAGGAAAGUUGUCCCCCCAUCCACACCCAGGGAACAAAUGGGAUCUUAUUGGGGCUACAAAGUUCGUUAUACUUCAAAUUUAAGUGGUGUUUUAAAAAAUUCCCCAUUCAAGGAAGAAUAUGACCAUAUCAUUGGCACCUCAGAGCAUGGACAAAUAAUUAAUUCUUCUGAGCUUACCUUGCCUACUUUUAGGCACCUACUCAUUGCAUUCGGUGGACUUGCUGGUUUGGAAGAAAGCAUUGAAGAAGAUACAAAUUUGAAGGGUAAACACGCAGAUGAUGUAUUCACAUCAUAUUUGAAUACAUGCCCCAACCAAGGGAGCAGAACAAUAAGAACAGAGGAGGCACUUCUCAUUUCCCUCCAAUACUUCCAAGAUCCAAUUAGGCGCGCAGAACAGAAAAUGUAGAAGGUAAUACAGACACAUGCAAAUCUAGCCAUGCCCAACAAGUUGGCUACGGAGCUUCAGUUGUAAUAGUGGAGUUUUCUCACUGAGAAUUUUGACCCUUCGUUCACGUAUGCGUUGAUGACAGUGGAGCCAAGAGGUUGUGAGCCAUCGAGGACAUUUUGACACAACCAUUUCAGUUUAGAAUAUUUGAUGUGGGGCUGACUUUCAUUGAAAGCGAGUGUUAGCUUUGCCAUUUCAAUUGUAUCCAGUGGUUGUCCACUAUAGUCUAUAUCGCUGUUUCAUGCCUUUGACCCUGUACUAAAAACGGAGGAUGGCUGUUAACACCAUAAGGUCAUGCCUUUGCUAAA